AUGGUGUCUGGCAUUCUAAGUCCAUUGAUUGACAAAAUCAGAACAGGGCACAUUACGUGUUGUGUAUCAAAUGAAGGUUGUGUUACUUGCUCUGGUGAAGUAUUGAACAUUUAUUCAAAAGAGCAUCCGGCCAUGAACUAUGCUGCAAACACAGGAAAAGAAUCACAAUUCCUUGAAAGAUGUGUAUCAAAUGGGAAGUACCGCACGCUAGUUCUGAAAACCAAAGACAGACAUAGACCCUGGGGAGAAUUUGUCAAGGUCAUUGCUGCAGUCACUUGUCAAAUGGUCCCAGCUGACAUGCAAUUUGCUGAGGUUCCUCCUGCUGCUGUUAAAUCGGUGUACCAACUCAAGGGGAUUGGUCACUUAAUCUAUUUGGAGCUGAGAAAAAGAUUGCAACAUGUGGGUGUUCGAACAGUACUUUGCUGGGGAGAUAAGGAGUCUGAAGGAUUUUGGCUUAAGCAGGGCUUUUCAGUUAUUGGUCAAGUCGACACAAAAUGCCGAGCUCGCAGGCUCCCUAUGAAGGCUGAUAUUCGGAAAGCAUUGUGUUUCCCAGAUCUCAUGAUUUCUCAUUUCAAUAAGGCUAACUUACACGAUUCUGCAGUAUAUCUAAAUCUGAAGUUCCCCUUAAAGCCUUCAGAAGGGGAUUGCCAAUCUCUAGUUCUCCAAGAGCAAAAGGAUACUCUGUCUGAGGGAAAUGACCAUUCCCAGCACAGAAAUCAGGCAACUAAAAGCAUGGCCUUUAAUUUUCAUCUUGUAUCAACUCCACGGAGCAGCAAGCACGGGCACAUGGGUUUCAAGGAAAGCGAAAGCCAAGCUUUUCUGAAGAGAUGUUCCUGUUCAGCAUCAGGAUCAAAGAAGAGGACUUGGGAAACGUCAUACACUUCUGUUCAAUCCAAAAAAAUAAAGGGAGGUCAUCAAACUGACUGCGGCUUGCAUGCUAAUGACACUAGUUUAGAAAGUGUUAUGGGGAAUAGUUCUUCUGCAGUUUCUAAGAGCAAAUGUCAGGUAGAUGUUACUCCUAACAACAGUUUGACAAGCCACUUUCUGGGAAAGAAUGCUGAAGAAGCUACAGCAGUUAAUUUGACAAAUGAAGGUCACUGUAGUCAAGGCAUUUCUUCAAGAGGGACAAGCUUCAGAAUUAUGCUGAUGAACAUUGCUGAUGAUAGUAAAAAGGCAAAUUUGACCAAGAUAAUCAGAGACCUUGGUGGAGAUGUUACUUCUAAUGGAAGUUUAAGCAUACACGUAGUCACUGGCAAAGUGAGGAAAACCUGGAAUUUUUGCUCUGCUCUCUGCUUAGGGUCAGUUUCUCCUCCGGAUGCUGCUUGCUGCAACUUUUAUGACAUUUUCAUCUAUCUUGAGUUCUUGACUAUCCAUAAACUGAGAUUCACUUCUAAAUUUGAUGGCAUGUUUUCUCGCUUUUGGUCUUGUGGGAAUGUCAUCAGAGCUUGGAUACCGUCACCAAGUUGGUUGAAAGAAAGCUUCCGGAAUGGCAAAUUUGUAGAUGAAAUGCCAUUUAUUUUGAGGGAUGAAGACUAUGAACUGAAGUACAGAACUGAGCUAAAAGGGGCAGUUAUUAGAGCAAAAACAUACCCCCAAGCUCUACUCAAGGGUUAUGACAUAUGCUUUGCAGCUCAUGUUCAUCCUCCAGUUGGUACCUUAUCAGCCAUUGUGAAAUCUGCAGGAGGAAAUGUUAUACGUGGACUUGAUCAAGUGAAAGAUGAAUCUAAAGCCAUGUUCGUCGCAUGCGAAGAAGACAUGGAUGAAGCAUUGUCAGCAGUAAAGAAGGGAAUAUGGACUUUCAGCAGUGACUGGUUUAUGAACUGUGUCAUGAAACAAGAGCUUGACUUAGGAGCUCCUCAAUUUGCAGAUUCCCUCUAAUGUACAGAUAGAAACAUGAACAAACUGAUCUGAUAAAUAUGAAAAAAUGUGUAUAUUUCUGAGAAAGGAAUUAACUUAGGAUUAAUGUAUAUAUAUGCUGUUUGUUAUUGACAG